AUGGGAAAGAUUGUACUCUUGUUAAUGUUUGCAGCCUGCUUGGCAUUGGUACUUGCACAAGACGAAGGCGACAAUGGUUCGCGUCCACGAAGACGAGGACGACCUGGUCGAGGUCCACGACCCGAUGGUGACAGAUCAGGUGGUGACGGUCCUGGUGGUGACGGACCUGGUGGUGACCGACCGGAUGGUGACAGGCCGGAUGGUGACAGACCUGGUGGUGAACGACCGGGUGGUGACAGACCUGGUGGUGACCGACCGGGUGGUGACAGACCGAAUGGUGAUAGACCGGAUGGUGAAAGACCGGAUGGUGACAGACCUGGUGGUGACGGACCUGAUGGUGAAAGACCGGAUGGUGAUAGACCUGGUGGUGACCGACCGGAUGGUGACAGACCUGAAGGUCAGCGACCUGAUGGAGAUGGAGGAAACUAA